CAGGAGGAAGCUACAACUGGCUUGAGAAUAUGCUGUUCCUCUCUCCUCUUUCCACCAUGGACCCCACACUGUGGCCUUUCUUUCAGGUCCUCUGAGACUGGUACCCAGGCAAGGCACAAUGCCCCUGUUCCCGACGACAAGACUGCUUAGCCCCUAUGGCUCUGAUCGGCUGGUACGGCUAGCAGCCAGGCUCCGGCCAGCACUGUGUGAUACCUUGAUCACUGUGGGAAGCCAAGAAUUCCCUGCCCACAGCCUGGUCUUGGCAGGUGUGAGCCAGCAGCUGGGCCGCAGGGGCCACUGGGCUCUGAUGAAAGGCAUCAGCCCAUCCACCUUUGCCCAGCUUCUGUACUUUGUUUAUGGGGAGAGUGUAGAACUGCAGCCUGGGGAACUGGGACCCCUUGAGGAAGCGGCCAGAGCCUUGGGGGUGCAGUCUCUGGAAGAGGCAUGCAAGAAGGCUCGACAGGACAGGGCUAGAGAACUGGGUCCAGGGCUCAAGGAACAUCAGGAGGAGCCAGAGAAACCCACAAAGGACUCUGAGAGAGGACUGGAGGGACAUGGAGAGCAGAGACCAGAGACAUUUGUUAGAGCUGGUUGGAGAGAACAAGAGGCACUGCAUGAGCAAAGGCCACCAAAAGACAGCUCUGAGAGAGCAGAGGCAAUGAAGGAAGGUGCGGGGAAGCAGAGGAGAUCAAAGGAAAAACUUAAGCAAUCGCCUAAUGGGAAGGAAGACGGGAUUAUGUGGGUGACAGAGAGUCCAGGGGGCUCUGAGGAAGGUCUGCGGGAGUUCUCUUGCCCCCUUCCCCCACCAGGUUCCCUCCAAACAAGCGUCAUUCCUAGGCCCUGGUGGGCUGAGGCCCCUUGGUUGGGGGAGGGCCAGCCCGCCCUGUGGAGCAUCCUGCUGUUGCCACCCAGAUAUGGCACUCCCCUCUCCCAUAGCACCCCCAUCACUGGAGCCUGGCAGGAGGUCUGGCCUCAGGACCAGAGGAUCCCAUUGUCCCUGAACCCUGAGAAAGGUCUCUGGAACCAGAACCAGUUGGCCAACUCCAGUCAUGCCGCAGGUUUCCUCCCCCAGGGCCCCACAAAGCUCAGCCCUGGGGAGAUGAAAGAGUCUGAUCAGAGGCACACAGGUGCACUUGCAACCUGUGUGGGUCAUGUGAGUAGAGCAGGCCCAGCUCACCAACAACCUCCCCCACCCCCACCUGCUCGGUCUCGGCCCUAUUCUUGUUCUGUCUGUGGAAAAAGGUUCUCACUCAAGCAUCAGAUGGAGACGCACUACCGAGUCCACACAGGAGAGAAGCCCUUCUCCUGUAGCCUCUGCCCCCAGCGCUCCCGGGACUUCUCAGCCAUGACCAAGCACCUGCGGACGCAUGGGGCCGCACCAUACCGCUGCCCUCUGUGCCAGGCCGGCUGCCCCAGCCUGGCCUCCAUGCAGGCGCACAUGCGCGGCCACUCGCCCAGCCAGCUCCCACCUGGAUGGACCAUUCGCUCCACCUUCCUCUACUCCUCUUCUUCGAGGCCGUCCCGGGCCUCGACCUCUCCCUGUAGGUCCCCUUCCUCAACCACCUGAUGGUGUUGGUAGCUUCUUUGGCUUCAGCUGACAAUACAAUUAAAGAAUGAAAGACGGGCCGACGGGCUG